AUGGCAAAGGCGAAGGAUCAUGGAGAUAUGAAUAAAGGAAGCUCUGGUGAACCGUAUAGGCCUGGAGAAUAUAGCGAGGUCCACAAUGAUGAGGCUGAAGUAAUGGGUGCAUCAUCGCCAAUGCUAUCGUCUAAUGAUCCGGCAACUGAUUUAGAUGGUGGCGAUGAACACGAUCAUGGUUCUCCAACGGGAUCAGUGCACAGCAGUGGAGCUUCGUCACCACAUGUGCCGUCAAGCCAAGACCACAGUGACCCGAAAAGUGAAAAAAUCUCAUAUUCUCGUCGUAAAAGGGCUACAGGACACAUGGCUUCAGUCAUCUGUCAGUUUGUGGACACCUCUGGCCGAGGAAUAGUGUGUAAACAACGUGCCAUUCUUGGAUACAAGUUCUGUAUAAGGCACAUACUUCUUGACCCAUCAGCACCAUACAAGCAGUGUGAGCACCAUCGAAAACCGAAAAGUAAGAAGGACCUUGCCACGCGUUGUACAAAUGCUAUUCGUAAGGACAAAGAGGAAAACUUUUGCAGUACUCAUCUGAUAAUGAAUGGAAUGAAGGAGGCAAAGAAGAAAGAGAAGGCAUCCGUUGCUCCUUCGACGAACAGUGAUGGCGGCGUUGACGUAACCGAGCCUGCGGAAUCGACUCAAGUAGUUUCUGGAAACGUGGAUUGCUCUGCAACAGGAGAGCAGUUUGUUCCAUCAAACGAAGUUUCCACUAUCUUAUCUUCCGAUCCUCAUGAUGUUUCGCAACCGUUCGUAGCAUACACAGAAGCCGGAAGAUUUACUACCUCAUCAGUGUCGAGUUCGCCACUGAUUGCCUGCGUUGCUACAUCUACGGUAACCAGUCUCAUCCCGCGACAACAAAUGGUCGCUCCUACGUCCGUAGUUCCGGCGAUGACAUCCACACGACAGUCACUGCUGCCACAAGCACCAUCGAGCGCAACCACGUUGAGACAAUAUGUGCAGAACAACACGUUCCUGUCUGGAAAUUCGCUCCGUCAACAAGUACCUUCGUCCAGUACCUCUGUACAGCGACAACCAGCGCUUUUUCCGGUUGCUAUUGCCGGAUCGAGGGACACUCGUCAACCGGUCUUAGCGCAGCUCAAUAUGGAGAGUAAACGUCACUUUGGAGUGCCAACUGGAUUAGUGUCAUCAUUGGAACCACAUGUUGCAGCAUCAGACGUGACGAACAACAUGCCACAAGGUAUGAUUCCUCAUCAAAUGGCCGAGCGUGAAGAGAACCGAAUUUUUGCCCAGCAACCACCACUUUCUGCCGUUCAAGGCAUUGAACAACAUUCUGCAACAGCUCCGAUGUGCCCUCCAACAAUUAUCGAAUCACAACCCAACAGUGCACAUAUACAGCGCGCUGCUCUUUCUGGCAAUUUGCAACACCAACCGCAACAGCAGCAACAACAACAACAGCAACAAAAAGCUAACUUUAGCCAGCGACAAAUUCCACCGGGUGCAUUGGCAGCGUUACGUGCUCAAGCCCAUCGCACUCGUUCGUUGUCUUCAACUGCGAUUCAAAGGAAUCAUCCACAGCUAGCAGCGAAGUUGCUCGAAGGAGGAGUACGAAAUGCGCGAAAUUCUCGCUAUGCAGCUGCUCUUUCUAUAGCAAUUGCUCGACAAAAUCAGCCACUUCCUUGGAAUGCGCCCCCUAUCGCACGUCGAACGCCUCCGUCUAGUGAGGAUGAGGAUUUCGGUAAAGAGGCAAAUGGCAGUAAGGUGAUUCGACUCCGAAUGAAGCGCCAGCGUCGCCGUAUGGUCGGAAUUUACCGUGCGAUUCCGGAAAUCGACUCAAUGUGCCGUGCAGUGGAAGACGUUGAUUAUGAUAAAACCGACUUAUUUCCACUUGGUCUUGAGCCUUCGGAUGACGAAGAUGCAACCUAUCCAUCGUCAUCGAUUCUUCCAACCGCAAGUCUCGCCGUAUCUAGCUAUUCUGGUGAUUUGUCCACACAACUCUAUCUUAUUAAAAAGCAACUUCGACUAGAAAGGCAUGCACUGUUAAAGCAGGCGCAGUUAAAUGCGCAUAUAAUGUGUGCUUCGCGACGGUUACCGUUGAGUGUGGGUGCUGCGCUUCGCCAACGUUGUGAUCCGUCUCCUCCACCAUUACAACUGGCACCGGCAUCCUUACGCAGAUGCUGUCAACUAGACAACACCAACAAACAACGGUGCGAACGAGCUUGUUUACCCAUGUCAAAUCACUGUGUACAUCAUGUACUGUACAAUGUAAAUCAGCGACUAUUCGUGUUCUGUACGCAAUCGUUUUGUCGUCGUCCAGUGAACUCCAUUGACGCGUUAUUGUGGGACGGAAAAUGUCCACUUCAUAGGCAAUCCAGAGAGGAUAGAUACGGACCAGCCCCAGUUUAUGAGAACAGUUCAUUCGUGAGUUCAGUAUUGCCGGUUUGUUCCCCACCUGGUGGCGAGUCGUCUGCAGCGAGUCUUUUGUUUCAGAAUGAUCCACCACAUGUACUUCUUGCUGAUACCGCGGCACCACUUGACUGUCAACUUUCAUUGGACGUUUCGCAUUCAUGGGAUGAUGUUACCGAGUUUCUGAUGUCAGAAGGUUUUCCAGUCGAUUCGCCGAAUUCGCAAGUGACACCUACAUAG